AUGUCCGGCCAGAUGCAGCCAGCACAACUACACCGACGCACCUCUCGUGGCUCGGCCAGCCAAUCAGGAUGCCGUUCGUCACGCAUUGAGAAGACAAAGAGCCACCACAGCAGCCCAAAGGCCAUGGAGAGGCGCAAGACUACUUCCGAGACCAAGCUAUACGCUACCCUCGACGACCACUACCGAAUGAUGUUUGGCGUAGAGCCAGAAGAGGAGGAGCGUCCCCAGUCAACCCGACCCGUGAGCUGGCAUCCCGCGUCAUCACAGGUGCAGACUUCACAACAAACAAACUACUUUGACCCCAUGCCAAGUCAACACUGGCAGCAAAACUACUCGCCAUCACGAGACUCGUGCCAUGGUUCCGACUAUUACUCGCUCUCUGCCCGCAACUCGAUGCUCGAGCCCCGGACUAGUGCUCCAUCCGAGUAUGGCUGGCAAAGCAUGCCUCAACACACUCCCGGCUAUGUCGACUCUUGUGUCAACACGCCCACCUCGGAGCCUCUUCCAUGGUACCUGCAGCAAUGGGCACAGAAGAACCAAGCACAAAA